GCCAACCGAAGCGGUGUAUCGAAGCGUGGAAGGCAAAAAAAGCAAGAUGAGCAAGAUAGAUGUGGGGUCUUUUGAGCCAGAAAAAGCUGUCCGAUUAUGGGAAAGCAAGAAACAGAAAAGAAAGCCAGGCUUUUCCAAGACUAUAAACCAAAAUGUUGGAUUGUUGAUGUGUCAAAAACAAUGCAUAAAAAUUAUUUGGUGGACUUCAAUAUGUAUGAUCUACUUAUGCUGCCACAAUGUAAAGGCAACAAUCACUGGGUUUUGCUGGUUGCAAGUGUUAUGUCCAGGACUGUAACCAUUUACGACUCGUUGGGUGGUAACAACAAGGCCUUGUUCGAUUUGUUCUGCCAGUUCAUGUGUCAACGAGCGCAAAUUGUGAAAGAUGGCUUGGAAAAAAUCAGUUCAGAGUUAAAAGCGCCACCUUGCAACAAACAGCGCCACGGAAACAGCUGUGGAGUGUUUGCAUUGAUGACUGCCAAAUGUUUGGUCAUGAAAAAGCAUCCCACAAUGUUGUGACAGGCCCAUGAUUCAGUUUAUCGAGACUAGUCGUGAGAAGCAGACUUCUGAUUCCUGGAGUGCGGCAAACAUAUCUGUGCGACUCGAUCACUCCACUGUAAAGACCCGCACGGCAUUAAAAUGGAUAUUAU